AUGGAUCCCCCAGGCCCCGGCGACGAAGGCGAGGCGACGCAGCCGCAGCCGCCGGAGUGGCGGUUCGCCCAGGUCUUCGGCGAGCGUGCCGCGGGCGAGGACGUCCAGGAAGUUGACAUCAUCUCUGCAAUUGAAUUUGAUAAAUCUGGUGAUCGUCUUGCCACUGGGGAUAAAGGAGGACGUGUGGUUUUAUUUGAAAGGACAGAUGCUCGGGAUAAUGCCAGCCGGAGAGAACUGGAGGGACAAGAUGUUCCAGUUACUAGACACCCAGAGUUCCGCUACAAAACGGAAUUUCAGAGUCAUGAACCUGAGUUUGACUACCUGAAAAGUUUGGAAAUAGAGGAAAAGAUCAACAAGAUCAAGUGGUGCCAGACAGCCAACAAUGCUCUCUCCCUUUUGUCUACAAAUGAUAAAACAAUAAAAUACUGGAAGGUUCAAGAGAAGAAAGUAAAACGAAUUGCAGUCAUGAAUUUGGACAGUUCCCAAAGUGUAGGAAGUAGUACCACUGCUAUUGCAAGUACCAGUAGUUCUAAGGCACCUCUUCCAAAUGGCGGAUGCUCUGAUAAGUUUGAUUGCCUGAAUAACGAUCUCUCAUUUCCACCUGGAGGCUACCCAUCACUGCGUUUGCCAGUGGUUACCAGUCUAGAAGCAAACCCUGUUGCUAGAUGUCGACGUGUAUUUGCUCACGCACACGAUUACCAUGUAAAUUCUAUUUCAAAUAAUAGUGAUGGUGAGACAUUCAUAUCAGCAGAUGAUCUCCGAAUAAAUUUAUGGAACAUGGAAAUAAACAGCCAGAGCUUUAACAUUGUUGAUGUGAAGCCUACAAACAUGGAAGAUCUAACAGAGGUGAUUACAUGUGCGGAGUUCCAUCCAUCCCAUUGUAAUACACUGGCCUAUAGUAGUUCAAAGGGUUCUAUCCGCCUUAUUGAUCUACGUCAAUCAGCACUGUGUGACAACCAUUCCAAAAUAUUUGAGGAACACGAAGCACCUGGAUCAAGAUCCUUCUUUACUGAAAUUAUUGCAUCAAUUUCUGAUAUAAAGUUUUCAAGGAACGGUAGAUAUAUUCUUAGCCGUGAUUAUAUGACUCUCAAGCUAUGGGAUCUAAACAUGAAUUCAGGCCCUGUUUCAACCUUCCAAGUCCAUGAACAUUUGAGACCUAAGCUCUGCGAUCUGUAUGAGAAUGACUCAAUUUUCGACAAGUUUGAGUGUUGUCUUAGUGGGGAUGGACUUCGUGUUGCAACUGGUUCUUAUGGUAAUAUAUUUCGUGUUUUUGGUUGUACUCCUGGAAGCAUGGAGGCAACAACUUUGGAAGCAAGUAGGAAUCCAAUGAGGGGAUGGAACCCUAGCCAUCCUAUUUGGGAACAGAGUGUCACUGUUGGCCAUCACCGACCUAAUGUAAUUACAGGUGGAGAAAAUCAAGGCGUUGAUGCUAAUGGGAAUUCAUUUGACUUCUCAACAAAGCUGCUCCACCUCGCAUGGCACCCGACCGAGAAUUCCAUUGCAUGUGCUGCUGCAAAUAGCUUGUAUAUGUAUUAUGCGUAG